AUGGCGCCAGGAAACGGUCGUGAUUUUAACUGCUCGUGGCCGCACUGUGGCAAGUCUUUCAACCGCAAGUCAGAUCUUUGUCGCCAUUACCGGAUUCACACCAAUGAACGACCUUAUCAUUGUACAGUCAAGGACUGUAACAAGAGCUUCAUUCAACGCAGCGCUUUGACCGUCCACUCCCGGACCCACACCGGGGAGAAGCCUCAUGUGUGCGACCACGAAGGCUGCCAGAAGGCUUUCUCGGAUUCCUCCAGCCUUGCCCGUCAUCGGCGAAUCCAUACUGGGAAGCGACCCUACAUCUGCCAAGAACCUACUUGCGAACGAAGUUUCUGCCGCAAGACCACUCUUACCAAGCAUCAACAUCGAUCACACCCCCCUGGAUCUCUGACCCGGCCAUCGUCGGAGGAUGCAGGGUCGGAACACUCCUACCAUCAUCAUCAACAUCAGACCCCCGUGACGGUCUCAAUUCCCAGUGGCAAUGAGCCGUACAUGCUUGCGCAGCAGCCGUAUUAUUCGCAUUCUGCGACGCCCAGUCAUGAGUUUUACUCGCCGUCCAGUGUGCCGAUGAACAGCGUGCCCGUCCACGACAACUCCGCCCCGAUGGGCACGCCCACCGUUCCUGUCACCUCUGCCAUGGCCAUGUCGCACGCUUCACCACACGCGCCGCAACACCACUCACUACCUCCACCACCACAACCGCAGCAUCAGCAUCAGCACCCGCAUCAGCAUCAGCAUCAGCACCAGCACCAGCACCAGCACCACCAUCAACAACCGCAGCACCCACCCCAGCAGCAGCAGUAUGUGCAGGUGAUGCAGCCUCGCUACGACACCAUUCCCCGUGGAAAUUACAUGCCUGCCGAGUAUCACCAGGCCCCUUUUGCAGGCCACCAGAUACAGGAGGGUCAGCCUCUGAUGGUGGGAUACCAUCCAAAUUUUCAGUAUAAGCCCCCAACCCGGAUCUUGAACCAACCGGAGGGGACUGACUGGGGGUUUUUGGGAGUAGGUUAA